UUGAACUAAAUGCAAAAUAAAAAAAUGAGAAUAAAAUGCAUGGUGCUAUUUUUCUUCAAUAACAGUUAAGUAGUCUACAAAAAUAUAAGGGUUAGAAGGUCACACGAAUCUGCUGUCAUGCAGUUGUAAAAAUUAAACACUGAAUUGAUCCAGCCAGAGGUGUUAAUCAAUUUAACAAGAGUUCGUGGUUCAAUUAGUUAUGUAAUCUUAAUAAAACAUAACAGCUCUGUUCGUCGCUAUAAAAAGAAGAAAGACUUAGAGAUUUUGAAUGUAUCGAAAAGAGUGAGUUGAAAAAAGAAAAGAAGUAAAGCGAAGAUCAAGAAGGAGGAACACACCAGUUGACCUUAGAUGAUUCUGGAUGCCGAAGUUUGGGCAUGUUGGCCCAUACAGUGAGCAAGUGAAAAGGGAUCAUGAUGGGAAAAUCGUAGACAUCAUCCCAAAAGGGAACCCUAUGGAGGAUGCUGGUGUCAAGACAUUGAUACGUUCCCUAAAUAAAAGGAAGCGCCAACCUUCUAGAAGAGACAUGAGGGCCGGCAUGAAGCCCUAUGAGGCAAAGAAGGCGCCACCAUUCUCUCUUGAGGAUAUGCUCAAGAUGAGAGAAUACUGUUUGAAGACAGUUGAGGGAUUUAAAGAAAUGUGGCUUUGGUCAAUUGUUACAUUUUCGUUUGGCCUUUUUUAAGAGGGGCUUAAGGUCAAGCACAUCAAGCUCCCGCCCAACUUUGACAGUGAGUUAUUUUACUUAUCAUGUUACUACUCUUUCCAUUGCAACAGCAUUUUGGAUCCUUUACAUUAGUUGGUUCUCGCAUAAUAGUUGUAAACAGACAUCAUCUUAGGGCUGUAAUACAAUUACUAGUCACUAACUAACAGGCAUGCUUGCUCUGCUGAAAUUUACAGAGAACAGACAAUAUUAUUGCAUUUUCUGGGAUUGUGUGGAACAAUCUUUUGCCUUGGACUACUUUGGUUCAUUUUAUUCAAUUGCUUUCCUAUAAUUAUUCUGCCUAAUUUUUUGGCUUAGUGGUAUUUGAGCAGUUAUACUUCUGUCUGGCACUGUUAUUCAA